GCUCGCCGUCGCCAUGGAAACGAAAGCGGCCCGGGAGCUCUUUGCCCUAACGCGCCGGUUACGGUGGGCUCCGGCCUGCUACGCCGCGGCGGACAACGAUGCUGAAGGCCAAGAUCCUCUUCGUGGGGCCUUGCGAGGAGGCGGGAACCCGGGCCCACCGCGCCCAUCCCGGCUGGCGCCCCUGCCCUUUCCGCGAACUCCGUGCUUUCAGACCUUGAUUCCAACGACUGCCCGGAGGAGGUAGUGGAGGCGAACCCGGUGUUAAUGAGCCCCGAAGGCCCAAGAGUGGAAAAACUGUUUUGGCCAACUUUCUGACAGAAUCUUCUGACAUCACUGAAUACAGCCCAACCCAAGGAGUGAGGAUCCUGGAAUUUGAGAACCCGCACGUUACCAGCAACAACAAAGGCACAGGCUGUGAAUUCGAGCUAUGGGACUGUGGUGGUGAUGCUAAGUUUGAGUCCUGCUGGCCAGCCCUGAUGAAGGAUGCUCAUGGAGUGGUGAUCAUCUUCAAUGCUGACAUCCCAAGCCACCGGAAGGAAAUGGAGAUGUGGUAUUCCUGCUUUGUCCAACAGCAGUCCUUACAGGACACACAGUGUAUGCUAAUUGCACACCACAAACCAGGCUCUGGAGAUGAUAAAGGAAGCCUGUCUUUGUCGCCACCCUUGAACAAGCUGAAGCUGGUGCACUCGAACCUGGAAGAUGACCCUGAGGAGAUCCGGAUGGAAUUCAUAAAGUAUUUAAAAAGCAUCAUCAACUCCAUGUCUGAGAGCAGAGACAGGGAGGAGAUGUCAAUUAUGACCUAGCCAGCCUUCACCUGGGACUGCCACCUCCCCAGUGAAAUCAGCAUGUUUCUUGGUGCAGAUGUGAAAUCACAUCCAGCUCCUGAUGUUUUCUUCUCCCUGUGACUGCAGAGGAAGUGUUCCUACCUGCAGGAAGGCACCUGUCACACAGGGCAUUCACUCAGACCAUCUAUGCUCUGUCCUGAGUUCAGUUUAGAAAGUCCUAUCAUCGAAUUCAGAUUUCCUGGCCCCAGAACUUCCCAAAGACCUAUAAAAUGGAGGGAUUUACCACCUUCACAUAUGUCCAGUUACAUAGUUUGUGGAAUUGUAACCGUUGCAGCCCAAUGAUACAACAGUAGUUUAAUCAUGUGUAUUGGCUUGAAUGUAAUUUUCAUUCCUUGAUUUACCCAACAAACACCGACGGGUUGAGCACCUGCUGUGUGUGCACCACUGUCCUAGCUGCUGACUGCAGACAGCAUGCAUGAAAAAGACACAAAUCCCCACCCUCGCGGAACUCAUUCCAUUUUCCUAAAUAUUAGGUUGGUGCAAAACUAAUCGCGGUUUUUGCCAUUUUUAAUUUUUAAUGGCAAAAGCCACAAUUACUUUUGCACCAACCUAAUAGUAAGGCCAAUUCAGAAACUUGAGUGCCAUGUCUUGGAUAUGCAAAAAAGAAAAUCAAAACGCAUUCUUCAUUCUCUGUAAGAGUUCUAGGUGGGGCUCAGUGGCUCACACUUGUAAUCUCAGCACUUUGGGAGGCCAAGGCAGGCGGAUCACUUGAAGCCAGGAGUUCAAGACCAGCCUGGCCAACAUGGUAAAACCCUAUCUCUACUAAAAAUAUAAAAAUUCACAGGGUGUGUUGGCACAUGCCUGUAAUACUAACUACUCGGGUGGCUGAGGCAUAAGAAUUGCUUGAGCCUGGGAGGCAGAGGUUGCACUGAGCUAAGAUCGCACCACUAUACUCCAGCCUGGGUGACAGACACCAUGUCUCAAAUAGAUUAAAUUACAUUAAAUGUUUAAAAAGAGGUCUAAAUAAGUUUCAUAUGCUGCCCUCCCUCAGAUAAUGUGGGAACCUGGGGUACUUAACAUGCCAAAUGAAGGUAUACUUGAUCGUUAUUCAUAGAUUUUGUAUUUGAGAAUUCACUAAAAUAUGUUUGUAACCCCCAAA